GUCUAAGUCUUGUCAACCCACUUUGAAGGCCCUGAUCGACGGUGCUACAACGCUCGUGAGACGGUCAAAUCUGAUUUUGCUUCGAUUAUUUUUCCAGAUCUCUCGUUCCUCUCCGCAAUCAUUGAAAGUGGCACUUGAUUGUCCCACAACGCAGACAGCACACGGUGACAAACCGGACGAGAGUCGUCUUCUCCGGCAAAUCGAAGAUCCCGUCAAACCGCUUCUGGAAAGCCGACUCAGCUUUAGGAUUCUGCGAAUAAUCGGUGAGAGGAGGUUUUAGGCUGCAAUAAAGUCAAAUACUUUACCUGUGCCCAAGGCUCUCCGAGGGACCACGCGCAACCGCUUCAUCUAAAGAGCGUCGAGACCAUAGUCAUCCCUGGAAAGUGGUGAGAGCAGCCCACGGAACGCCGGCUGACGACGCAUUGCCUUAUGGUCCUGCGCAUCAUUCCACGUUUUACCGCAGACACAUUGGAUAUCUCACUGCUUUUGGGGUCUCAUGAUGAGGAAAAAGAGGCGACGAGCACAACCACGACGGCUGGGGGAGCAACCGCAUCACCCAGGCCACCCGACUCAGAGUUAGGUACUCUCCCAAGACCAUCGGUUUCGACGGCUUCGCCAGAAAUUCCAGGAGCCCUGCUAGCGUCGCGACCCGGGUCUUCCGCUAAGAGACCAUUACAGGAUGCAUCACCUCGAGGACGUCCUGCCAAGAAGCAAUCAAAGUGGUCGCCUGAAGAGAACGCAUUAAUACUCGAGCUUCGGGGAGGAGGAAUGAAAUGGGACGAUAUCAGUAAAAGAAUUCCAGGAAGAAGCCCCAUAAGUUGUCGGCUACAUUAUCAAAAUUAUCUUGAAAGGCGGUGCGAAUGGGAUGAAGACAGAAAGAACAGGCUAGCAAGACUUUAUGAAAGAUUCAAGGAGGAAAUGUGGUCAAGGAUAGCCGAAGAAAUGGCUAUACCUUGGAGAGCAGCAGAGGCCAUGCACUGGCAACUUGGUGAAGCCGAGAUGGCACAGCGAGCAGGAGUAACACCAUUCUCAUUUUCCGCCCCCCCAACGCAGUCUUCGCCGAGAGCGCGUCGAAACACCCUCUCGAGACGAGACCGCUUAAGCACAAGCCAACUCCCAUCGUUGGCGGAGCUCACUGCUGGAAUCCCUGCAUACACCUCACAAAUGGUGGGUGAGCCUCAUCCAGCGAUGGCUUCUUCACUAUUCCACCCCGAGCCAGGUCCGACGCAGAUUCGAAGGGGAUCAAGGCCCCGAGCACACAGACGAUAAGACGAUGGAAGCGGAAGGGUCUAUUUACUUAGCAUGUAUGCAUAGCGCGGGUUGGGGUCGCGGGAAUCGGUAUGGUAGAUUCGCAAGGUCUGGGAACAGCAUAUUAUGUAAACCUAAUUUUGGUGUUUUUGUCUUUCUUGCUCUUUUCCCGAGUUCGGAUUUAAAUUAAUUUUGCAUUUCAGUUCAUGGUCGAUAUAAUCCUUGCUCAAUGGAGAAAUUGAAUCCUAGCAUA